AUGGCAAUGCAUGCAGUACCCAUUCAUCGUUUAAACGGUCCAUCCAAUGAUAGGUCAUCCGAAUUAGCUCUACUAUCACCUUCAAAGACAGCCGGUGAUGAUUUUUGGUUCGAUCCUUUUCUGCUCGAUCAAAAUGAUCAACAUAUUCGCUGGUUAAGUCGUCCGAAUCAACAACUGGUAUUGGAGAAAUAUUCACAGGAUCAAGAAAAAUUUCGGAUUACAUUCGAUGUUGAAGGAUUCAAUCCCGAUAAUAUCAAGGAAAAAAGUGAAAAUCGUUAUAUGCAAAAGCAAUUUGAAAAGUCCUAUGAUAUUCCAUAUAAUGCCGAUAUCGAUGUUAUGGCUAGCUAUAUAACACAGUUACAUAUGCUUGUUGUUGAAAUACCAUUAAAUCCACAAAUACAGCGACCAGUUGAACAUUUGGCUCCGUCACAAAAUGACCAACGACGUCUAUCAUUUAGUUUGAAUAAAGCACAAGAACAAUUUCAACAACAACAACACAACCAAGUAGCACAUAACAACAGCUUACCGCUACCAGGCUCCCAGAUUCGUCGCACAUCAAUAACAAAAACAACGACAACAACAACAACGAGUGGCGAUAGUCAUCAUACCCAGGGAUGUCAAAAUUCGACAGAAAGGAGUAAUGCCGUUCAAUCAUGUCAAAGCCAUACAGGUCAACAACAAGUUCAAAGUAAUGAAAAAUCAUCAUCAACAUCAGCAAAUACUCAUUCUUCAACGUUAAACUCGUCUGGUCUCGCAAAUUUACCAAUUGAUAUUCCUACUGAACUAUUACAAAGUGGAGGGACGAUAACAAUCACAAAGAGAAAAGUAUCAGUAACAAAAACACACGAUGGUAGUGAACCCCAAAUAACAAGUAGUUCCCAUCAGACGUCGCAAAAUCAACAGCACACGGUAUCAAGCAGUCAACAUUUGCCAAUCGGUCAACAUCAACAACCGCAACAAAAUACCACUACUGGAAUUCAACAGUCGCACAUACACGAAAAUCGAUCCAACAAUCAACAACAACAAGAACAACAGCAAACCAAUACUGCGACAAAUAAACAAAGCACUCAAUCUUCCGCAAAUAAUCGGCGUAUGUUCACAUUAGAAGAAUUUUUGGAAAAUAAAACAUGGAAUCCUAGAAUAAUCGAUGGUGAAAAUGGUGAAAAAAUUCUUUAUAUGCGUUUAGAAAUAAAAGCAGGUAUCAAACCUGAGCAGGUUCAAAUUACAUUAAAAGAUCGGGACUUACGUGUAGAAAUCGGCAAUAAAGCAACAACUGAUACUACUGGCCGUUAUUCAAAUGAACAUAGUUACCGACAAGUCACAUUAUUUCCUACAUGUGAUAUAAACAAAUUAAAGACUUACUUCAAAGAUGAUAAUUAUCUUCAUAUUGAAGUACCCAUUAAAUUAUAA